GUCUCCACCAUGUCGCCUGCCGACCCUUAAGAUUUCAGUAUGGUUAUAUCGUAUGUGUUGUAUUUUUCGUAUAAAAAAUAGAUUAAAAUAUAUUAAAAUAUAAAAUCUUUUUUUGUAAUUCGUCAGUCCUGUUUAUUUUGGAAGAAUAAAUAAGAAAUAGUCAUGAUGGGUCCUUUGCAAAUCAUUGGACGAACAAGUAAAAUUGUUUCAAGAUUUAGUAGAUUGACUGCAAAUGGUGUAAAUACAUAUUUGAGUCGAAACAAAUUUUACUAUGUAAAUGAAGAAAAAGAGAAAACUUGGACAGAUAUUAUGGAUACUGCAACUACACAUAUGUUUCUCUUGGAAAUAUACCGAGGAUUUGGUCUUACUUUAUCUCAGUUAUUUAGAGAACCAGCAACAAUAAAUUAUCCAUUUGAAAAGGGACCCUUGAGUCCUAGAUUCAGAGGCGAGCAUGCACUAAGAAGAUAUCCCUCUGGAGAAGAAAGAUGUAUUGCUUGUAAAUUAUGUGAAGCAAUAUGUCCUGCACAAGCUAUUACAAUUGAAGCGGAAGAAAGAGCAGAUGGGUCUCGACGUACUACAAGAUAUGACAUUGAUAUGUCCAAGUGUAUUUAUUGUGGAUUUUGUCAGGAAGCUUGUCCGGUAGAUGCUAUUGUCGAGGGUCCAAAUUUUGAAUUUUCAUCUGAAACUCAUGAAGAAAUGUUGUAUAACAAGGAAAAACUAUUAAAUAAUGGAGAUAAAUGGGAAUCUGAAAUUGCUAGUAAUAUUCAUGCCGAUCACUUGUAUCGUUAACAGCUGUGUUGUAAUGUAGUAACAAAUAAUGUAAGUAAAACAUAUAAUAAUGUAAUGUACAAAUAUAGACUCAAUUAAAUAUCAA